AUGAAAGCUGUUGCCGACCAACGGUCGUGCGCGACACUCCUUGUGUCACUGUUAUUCCCUCACCUAAGGAUUCUUGGCAAGGGGUCAUUUGCCACCGUCAAGCUAGCUGUGCGAAAGUCGGAUGGCACCAAGUGGGCGGUAAAGGUCAUCGAGAAAACGGUGCUGAGCCAGGAGGACGAGGAAGCACUGAAGAACGAAGUUCAAAUUCUGGGGGCAAUGGAUCACCCCAACAUCGUUCGAUUGAACCAAGUAUUCGACUGCCAAAACUGUCUGUAUAUGGUCAUGGAGCUGUGCACCGGGGGGGAGUUGUUCGAUCGCAUCGUCAUGAAGGACCACUACACAGAGAAUGAGGCGCGAGAUUGCAUCAUUCAGAUAACGAAGGCGAUAAUGUAUUGCCACCAGAAUGGAAUAGUCCACAGAGAUCUCAAGCCCGAGAAUCUACUCUAUAGUGACUUCGAUGAAGGAACUGCCGUCCUCAAACUCGCCGACUUCGGCCUUGCUAAGCUUUGUACGGAGAACACCAUGCUGAACACGGCGUGCGGCACGCCGGGGUACGUGGCGCCUGAAAUCCUGGAGGGCCGGCCUUACGGCAAGGAGGUGGACAUGUGGAGCGUCGGGGUGAUCGCGUACAUCCUUCUGUGCGGCUUCCCUCCAUUCUACGACGAGAACAACUCGAUAACCAACAUAUUCCUCACGGGCAGGGCAACAACUUUUCGAUUCAACCAUCAGGCCAUGUUCAAGGCGAUCAAGCUAGGCAAGUACGACUUCCCGAGUCCGUUCUGGGAUGACGUCGAGUGCGAGGCGAAGGACAUGAUCGACUGCCUCCUGGUCACCGACGCCGCAAAGCGGUAUUCUGCAGAACAGCUGUUGCAACACCCGUGGGUGGCGCAAGGACACACCGAGGCGGGAGAGCACAACCUGAACCACUUCAAGAACGCGAUGAAGGCCUACAACGCGCGACGGAAGUUCAAGGCAACCAUCAUGACGGUGCAGCUCAUGGGCAUGCUGGGGAGAUCCAUGAAAACGAGCACGGCUGAAAAGGCCGACGCUGCAGAAGGCGACGAUGGCAGCUACCCCGCGAAGAUAGAGACCGAAGGACCGAGUGCGGAGGUUGACAAGCCCUUCGUGAUAGAAACGACUUCGACAACGGUCGGCGAAGACUCUGCGGCACAAGCCGGCGAACCUCCUGCUGUAGAAGCCGGCGCGCCGGACCAACCGCCACCGUGUAGCAGUUGAUGACCAGCCUACGAUCAACGUCGCGCGAAACGUCGUUGUUGUGCAUGAGGAAGCUAUGGCGGUAAAGCGAUGUUCUUUACCUGGGUCCAUUUCUUCGUGCGACAUCCAUGACCGAAGAAGGAGGUGCUGUCGAUCAUUCUCUCACGGAUGGGUGGGUGAUGGCGGAAAACGGGGUCGGGUGAGAGGUUGGUUGUGUGUCGCGGCGUAAACGGUGGCGAUGCUGCGUGGUCUACCGGGGGGGGGGCGCCUGGAGUGGAAGCACCGCUAACUGCCAGGAUCGUCUGUGCUGCAAGCCUCACACGAUGCAAAGAUAGACGAUUACAGCCAGCCAUGCUUGGAUAGUCGAAAGCAGGGACGAUCAUCAAGGGGCCAUUGCCAUGAAGAGAGGUUGCGCGAAGAGAAGACUUGCUUCCAAUUACAAGGGAGCCCUCCUCCACCAGUGGAGUGCUUGUCGGUGUUUGUUUGUUUUGUUUUUGUUUUUCUCCCAU